AUGACUGGGGUUUACCUGUCAGCGUACCUGCUGGUGGUGCCGACGUCGUCAGGAGUGGUGGGACAGGUCCUGCGGGUGGCCGAGACGGAGGGCGUCACACGGCACGCUGCAUUCUUCAUCCUCGACCCGCUCUACGCCCCCACGCCCACACACGCCACCAGGUUCCGCGCCUUCAAGCAGUUAUCGGAAAUGCCGACCGAGGCAGCCAGAGCUGUGAUGGUCCUGGCUGCCGCCACCAGAGGGCCACCCAACAUGGCCACCAGAGGGCCACCCAACAUGGCCACCAGAGGGCCACCCAACAUGGCCACCAGAGGGCCACCCAACAUGGCCACCAGAGGGCCACCCAACAUGGCCACCAGAGGGCCACCCAACAUGGCCACCAGAGGGCCACCCAACAUGGCCACCAGGGACCCACAAGACUCCAAGACAGACUCUCACACCUCCUCACCCAGCCUCGACUCACCACCCGGGGACCAUAGUAAGAGAAAAGAAGGGAAAGAAAGCCAACAAAAUGGAAGAGAAGGAAAAGGAAGAAAUGUUAUCCCGCAGGCAACACCAUCGUCCAAUCUUAACCAAUCAGCGGCCUCGGAGAGGGAGGCGGUGGUGGCGCGGCUGGUGUACGACAGUGUGAGUCUCCUCUCACACCUCCUGAGGACCAACGUCGGCACCUUCAGGCUCCGGAGGUCACACCGCCCCACCAACCUCACCUCCGAGGCUCUCCUCCUUACCCCUAGCGACGACGCCCAACAACCUCACGUCAAGGACAUGCUUGAGGCUCAGCCGGAAGAGGCGGAAGGUCUCCGGAGGAAAAAAAGAAUGGAGGGUGAGAAGUGUGAGGCAGACGGACGGUCGCCAUGGGAGACACCUGCCGCCCGCGCUGUCUUCGGGUGGUCGCCACCAGUGGCCGCCCUGCUCUCUCAGCGUGAGGUCACGGCUGACGACGAGGCUUCGUCCCUUCUUAUCCGUGACCUGAAGGCCAACGUGCGCCUGGCGGAGGACGAAGCUGAGAGGGAGAGACUCUACUUCGAGAUGAAGAAGUUAGAUAAAGAGAAGGAGGGAAGAGACUUCGAGAGACGGCUGGAGAGCAUCAUAGGCUCCCGCAGAAUCAAGGAUCACUCCUUCGGCCCCCAGGGGAAGGCAGAAGGCGCCAACAGGACCCAGAUGGAGAUGAAGCUCACCAAACCCACCUUCUUCCCCGCACUCUGGGGUGACGGCUUCGUCUCCAGCACCGGGGAGAGGAACUUCGACUUCCUGCUGCUGGACUGGCGACCCGACACCCAGGAGCUGGUCACUGUCCUCCGCCUCGUCCACCACCACACACACUACUCCCAGGUGUCUGAGGAGGGUGUGGAGGACGCUGAGAUCGACUGGGCCCACGACACGCCCGUCCCCAGAGACCCGGAGUGUGGGAACAACGAUGUGUGUGCUUACGUGGUUCCUGGUAUCAGACUGGCCCCGGGGUAUGUGGUGAUGAUCGUGGUGACGGUGGUGCUCCUCCUGGCCGCCUGCUGCGCCUCUGCUGCUGUGUUGAGGAAGCGUCUGCGGCAGAAAGAGAUGAGUCGCGGACCGUACAAGAUCCUGCUGGCCUCGUCUGACCUGACACUGUCAUGCCGCGCUGAGAACGCCCCGAGGAAGCCAGGGUCAGGACCGACGGCCGAGCGACCAGACCUGCUCCGGGGCUCCUUCAGCUCGCCUCACAGGGCCAUCCCUCACGAUGCUCUCCUCUCCAGCGCCUCGCACGGGGGCUCCAAGGACGAAGAGGGCAAGGCUAAGUAUAAUGGAGACUUCGUCCACCUCAGGUACUUCUACGUCCCGACUGGCAACUUCGAGGUCAAGAACAGGACAAUGACCCUCCUGAAGCAGAUGCGUGACCUGAGGCAUGAAAACAUUAAUGGUUUCUUGGGAAUGCUGUGUGAUUCUGUGCGACCUGGCCUGGUGUUCGAUUACUGUCACCGAAGAUCAUUAGAGGACAUAAUCAAACAGGAAGAUAUCAAGUUGGAUUGGUCCUUUCGGCUAUCACUGCUCACUGACCUUGUUAGGGGCAUGAGGUACCUACAUGGAUCCCUCUUGCGUCACCAUGGCCGCCUCACCUCACGAAACUGUGUUAUUGAUGCCCGUUGGGUCCUGAAGGUGACGGACUAUGGAUUACCGGGGAUAUAUGAGUAUCAGAACCUCACCCAUCCCAACAAACCCAUCCGUGACCUCCUAUGGAAGGCACCGGAAUUGUUGCGAGACGAGGCUCUGAUGACGAAGGGGACACAGCCAGGAGAUGUCUUCUCCUUCGCCAUCAUCAUGCAAGAGGUGGUGGUGCGUGGGGCUCCUUAUUGCAUGGUGCAACUCACACCUCAGGAAAUUCUAGCUCGCUUGAAGAAGCCGCCACCAAUGAUCAGACCGUCUGUCUCCAAGGGAGCUGCUCCUCCAGAUGCCAUCAAUAUAAUGAAGCAGUGUUGGGCAGAACUCCCGGAAAUGAGACCUGACUUCAACCAGAUCAAUGACCUCUACAAGAAGCUCAACCAGGGAAGACGCCUUAACAUCGUAGACACAAUGUUCCAAAUGCUGGAGAAGUAUUCCAGCAACCUGGAAGAGCUCAUCAGAGACAGAACAGAACAACUAGAUUUGGAGAAGAAGAAAACUGAACAACUGCUUAAUAGAAUGUUACCGAGCUCUGUGGCAGACCAACUGAAGCUGGGGAUGCCUGUGGCGCCUGAAGAGUUUGAUGAGGUGACCAUCUACUUCUCUGAUAUCGUGGGUUUCACCAGCAUCUCUGCCUACUCUACUCCUUUUGAGGUGGUGGAUCUACUCAAUGAUCUCUACACUUCUUUUGAUUCCACCAUUAACCACUAUGAUGUUUACAAGGUGGAGACCAUUGGUGAUGCCUACAUGGUGGUGGGUGGAGUACCGAAAAAGAUUGAGGACCAUGCCUGCCAGAUAGCCACCAUGGCGUUGGACCUCCUGCACCUCUCUGGCAAGUUCAGGAUCAGGCACCUUCACAACAUUCCCCUCAUGCUCAGAAUUGGCAUCCAUACAGGUCCUUGCUGUGCAGGCGUGGUAGGGAUGACAAUGCCCAGAUACUGUCUUUUUGGUGACACUGUCAACACUGCUUCCAGGAUGGAGUCAACAGGAUCAGCGUGGCGGAUUCACGUGAGUGAUAAGACGUCGUCGGUACUGCGGGAUGUGGGCGGCUACCAUCUUGAGUACCGUGGUCUCACUACGCUAAAGGGCAAGGGAGAGAUGAAUACUUACUGGCUUCUUGGCAAGGAAGGUUUUAAAAAGGAGCUGCCAGUGCCGCCAGAGAUAGGGUACUCUCACAGUCUGGAUGAGGAGUUGGUGCGUCUUGGUCGCCAGCACUAUAUGGCUCGCAGGGACUCCACUGUUGACACCCUUACUAGUGUGAAGGGCUUCAGCUCUAUUCAUGCUGCCAAGAUGCAGAAUGAGGCCCUGGAAGCUUCUGUAAGUGAAUUGAAUGAUCAGGAUAUUCCUGGCAGCUCUGGUGAAGCACAGAAAAGACUGCCUGUCACAAUCCAGCAGCAGAGCAUAGAGAAAGAAGACAUUUCUAACCAAGAAUCCAAGGGAGAAAAACAAGUCAGCCCUGAGGCUGUGGUGCCAAAUGGAAGGACUCAUUCAGAGGUUCCAUAUAUAGUAAUUAAGGAAUCUAAAGGUUCUAAUGAUGAAAGUUCGAGUACAAAGCCAAUAUCAAAAAUUAACUGUGUUAAGAGCAAAAGUCAAAGUACAGUGCCAAAAAAUAUUUGUGAUAAUGUUGUAGUGCCAAAAACUCAGUUCCGAGACAAACGUGGAUGCUAUCACCAGAAAAGACAGUCCCGGGCUAGAUCCAGAUCUCCACAACCCCCUGCAUAUGCCAUUCAGAUGAACCACAUAGACCAUGCAUCAGAAAUGGAGCUGCAGGUAGGAGCAGCUAUCACCAUAACCCCAGUAGACAACCAUGACUUCAAUAGGAGCCAUGCCUCUCCAGGGGCAAGCUACAGGGUAUUCCUCAAAAACAGUCCUGACGGCAGAUGCACAGAAGACCAUGAUGAUGAAUCUUCAACUCGGACUCCUAAUUUUCCACUGGGAUCAAGAAGAGAGUCGAACCGAGGACCCAGCAUGCCUCGUACAGCCUCUCCACCCAUGCUGUGCCACAACAAGGUCUUCCCACAACUUGGCAUGGCAACUCUAGCAAGGGAUCCCACCAGACCCACCACAAGCUCUGCAGGGACUUGGAGCCAUGGAGCUCUUCCAGGCAUACAGCCACAACAACAGGAACUGGGAGGGAUGCACCCCACAGCACUGCGGGGAGUGACCGCAGAAUGCCAGGUGCAUCCACACACUCAGGACCCGCCAUCGCCCACAGAGUCCACCAUGUUGUGACCCCCACCCUCACAAGGCUCCUCACCUUCCCUGCGUCAUCUGCCCAAGCUUCUAUUGCACUUUCCACCCCCCUUCACAUCCUUCAACAUAACACGCCUCACCACCUUAAUCUUCUGCAUCCCUCACAUCACUGCAAUAUUCAUCAUUUCUUGUAAUUCAGUAGCUGAUGCAAGUAAAUUGUCUCAUAACCUAUUAUUUCUCACACUUCAAAAGUGUCUUACUGCAGCAGUGCAUUUUCUCCUUAGUUUCUCAUUGACUAGACCUGAAACACAUGCCUUCUGCUACUUUGUGUUAUGUUAUCACCUUUGCUCUGCCUUGUCACAUCUCAUGUUUACUUCAUAUCCUCACUACCAUUCCAGUGCAUCUUCUCCGUGGCUCAACUAUUGUUCUUCUGCAUCAUCCCCUAUGCCUUAUAUCUCCCAUUCCUGUCUCAUAUUUUGUUCACAAUUCACCCUUUCCUGGACUAAGUCUCCUCCUUGGCUAUUCCACAAGACUUGAGCAACUCUGGCUUGAUAGAAAUGGUGGGCGGAGGUGGACAUGAACAUUACAACGGGGAACGCAUAUCAUGGUUCUCAUACUACUACUGUGGCCAUUCUGGGUUCAGUUUGGUGCAGGGUUGCUAAUCAUUCUCAAGAAACAGAGAGAAUGGAGCCUCAGUCAUAUUAAUGUGAUUAUAAUUGUGGUAAGAUGAAGGGGUCUAUCACCAGUAAAUAAUUACCUCUGUCUGCCCAUACAAAACUUAUAUGUAUGGAGUCUUGAUUUGUAUAAGACUUCAAAAAGCUAAUGCUCUCUCUUCCUACAGUGACUUUUUAUAAUAAGCAUAUACUUUCAUCUCUUAGUAUAUGACUAUUUUUACAAUAAACCCUCAUUUCACUG